AUGCUUUCCUGCUCGAAUCCAGCCUUUCUCCUCGUGAGCCUCCUCAUCUUUCAGUCCCAGGUUCUCUCCUGUCGGAUUGGAGACCAAACUGAGUGUGAUUCUGCUCCCUUUGUACCAGGCCACAACCUGGUGGGGGAGGGCUUUGAUUUGGUCACACUGCAACGGAAAGGAGCCUACGUGAUUGACGUGAAGACGUACCUCACUCCAAAUAGUACCUGCACUCUGUGCUCCAAUCCCCUUCAAGGCUACAAGCUUCAGAAACUGCCAGUUUCUGUGCUAGACUGGCGUGCGUUCAGCAACACAAAAGCAUAUUCCCUCAGCAGUUUCCACACCUCUGUGAGCUCACUGAUCAACUCUUACAUCUCAGAAGAGAGUCGUGGCUGGCAGAUUGGGCUAGAUUUAAGUAAAUAUGCUUCUGCCAGUCUGGACAUCGGAGGAACUCACUCCGUCGUGUACAGCUUUGCUUCAAAUAUGAUGCGAGAGGACCGCUACACCUUCAGCACACAAAAGAAGACCUUUACCCAUUACAGCUACCGUGUGUCAACCCGACCGCCCUUCAGCUCAGAGUUCGCCAAGGACCUAUCCAGGCUUCCAAGUCACUUCAACCCUGCCACCUCUUUGGAGUACAAAGAUUUCUUACUCACCUAUGGCACUCACUCCAUUCAGCAGGUUCGUCUUGGGGGUCAGGUCACACGAGUGACAGCGGCCAGGACUUGUUUAGCCGCACUGAACGGACUGUCUUCAAAUGAAGUUCAUUCGUGUUUAUCGAUGGGUGUUGGUGUUGGUCUGGGGACAUUUAAACUAUCAAAUGUCCCAAGUCCGUGCAAUAAAUUUCUACAGAACCACGGGUUUUCCACUACCUACAGCUCUUACACCCACCAACACUACACAGAUGUAUCUGGAGGUUAUGGAUGGUCGGGGGAGUUUUCAAUAACCCAUAACGACUCCUUGGGUUUCAAAAACUGGCAGCGCACUCUGAAGGAUCACCCAGAUGUUGUGGUAUACUACCUUCGACCAAUGCAUCAACUCAUGCCAACUAAAACCCAGAAAAUUGGCAUAAAAGCUGCCAUUCAAGAGUACUUAAAGGACCAUGCCAUCAAGAGCUCACACAGAGAGCCAGAGUGUCCAAAGAACACCCCUAACCUGGCCAUGAACUGCUGUCCUCAGCAGGCCUGGAGGGGGAAACUGACAGUCACCAUUGUCAGAGCCUGGGGUCUGGCGGGAGAUUAUUUUGGCAACACUGACAGCUAUGUGAAGAUGUCUUUUGGUUCCCUCUAUUACACAACUGCCAUGAUCAGAUCAAACAACCCCUAUUGGAACGCUUAUUAUGAUUUGGGAAAGGUGGACACACAGCAGGUCUUAAGGGUUGAACUAUGGGAUGAGGAUCUGCAGUAUGACGACCUUCUUGGAUCAUGCACGGAGUACCUAAUGCAGGGAGCCAAAAGUUUCACCUGUCCUGCUAAAAGCAGAGGCUUUGAGGUCAGAUACACUCUGACCUGUGACCCUCACCUGUCUGGAGACAGGUGCAACUAUUAUAAGCCCUCCCCUUAGUGACAAACCUAUCAGGAAAGAGGAGGCUACGUGACUGUCUUUACUUGCGUUUGGUUUUGGGCUUUGUUUAUAUUAAAGAUGUUGGAUUUAUGUGACAGAAAGUAUUAAGUUUAACCUUUUACAGAUUGUUAACAUUUUUGUCAACUAUUUUUGGAUUGUAUAUGCUACUGUACUUAUAGGAGGUUAUGUUUUCAACACCACAUGUAAUAUAUUUCACACAAUUUAAUCCUUUGAAAUAAAAGGUCAUGUUGUAACAGCUUUUGGGUAAUGUGUUACUCUAUUGUGGAGAACACAAAAGCAACCAAACUUGCAAAGUAAAAAAACUAUGUAAAUAAGAGUUCUUCUCUUUCUUUUUAUUGUUUUAAAAGGUGUUGCAUAACAAAAGACUGAACCUUUAAAAUCAACAAAUAAAGUUAAAGGUUUGUCUGCAAAUGUUUACUUUAA